AUGGAGGGCGCAGAUCUGCUCGCGGCACCGAUAGAAGGUGCAGAUGAGCAGAGUGAGGCCAUGAUAGACACCACUCUCGACAAUGGCUCGAACCUCGACAACAAAACGUCGUUGUCGCCCGAAGCAUCGACUGUGAUCUCCAAUGCUGCGACCUCGCCUGCUGCAACACAAGCGCCCGUUGUUGAGCCGACUGCUGACACAGCCGCUAUCCCGGAGUCGAUCAUCAAGUCCGAACCUGGUGUGACCGUCAAAGCUGAGAAGACAGAGGCCAAGUCAUCAGCAAAGCGGAAAGCCAUGACGACCGCGAGCGUUCCCACGACCAAGUUGGGUCAACUCAAGCAGCGUAUCGAGCGUGAUCCGGUAGACAGUGAAGCCUGGAGAGCGCUCAUCGAUGACGCACUCCAAAAGGGUGACCUAGAAAGGACGAGAGAGGUGUAUGAUGAAUUUUUCACCGUCUUUCCUCAUGCUCCUCAAGAGUGGAUUGCCUACGCCGACCUGGAGCUGUCCCACGAUCUCUUUGACCGCGUGGAAGCCAUCUUCACCACUUGCUUAAAAUCAUCGCCGAGUGUGCAACUAUGGAGCUUCUACAUCACAUACGUAAGACGGAGGAACCCCAUCCAGGCAGCCGACGAAGCGAAAGCGACUGAGGCCAGAACGACGAUCAAGGCCGCUUUUGAGUAUGCGCUGACCCACGUCGGUGUCGAUCCUGCCUCGGGCUCAAUCUGGUCAGAUUAUAUCAAAUUCCUAAAAGAAGGCGACGUACGCUAUUCCUCACUUGCUGAUUGGCAGACCAAGCUCAAGACUGAUCUUUUGGGUGCGGUGUACCAGCAACAACAGACCAAUGACACUGUCAGAAGAGCCUAUCAGACCGCCGUCGUUAUCCCUUUGUACGACAUUGAGGCCAUCUGGACAGAUUACAAUCACUUCGAGCAUGGACUCAACCGCAUGACAGCCAAGCGAUUCCUUGCGGAGCGUCAGACAGGAUAUACGGCAGCCCGAACAGCCGUACGAGAAUUGCGGCCCAUGCUCGAAGGUCUCUUGCGAAUCGACGUAUUGCCUUUGCGGCCUGACUGGAGCAACGAAGAGGAUUGCACGACGCUCGCGAGAUGGCGCAAAUAUCUCAAAUGGGAAGAGAGCAACCCACUUCAGCUAGAUGAUCCCGAAGAUUUGCAAAGCCGUAUCGCGUUUGCAUACAAGAAGGCUCUCAUGCAUGUCAGGUUUUACCCUGAAAUCUGGUUUAUGGCGGCAACGCGUCAGCUCGCUGUACAAAAAGCAGACGAUGCCCUCACGCUGCUCAAGACUGGAGCCGGCUGUUGUCCUUCCAGUCUGCUGCUGAACUUCGCAUGGGCCGAGCAAGAGGAAUUGCAAACCAAAGCUUCGCCGGCAAUACAUCAGAUCUACCGCAGUCUUCAAGACAGUAUAACUCAGCAGAUCGUACGCCACCAAAGUCAGACUGAAGACGAAGUAGCGAGUGCUUUGACGCAAGUCAAAGCGAACGAGGCGGAGAACGAAGCUCAGCUUACAGAAGACCAUGACGAUGCGCAAGCGUCAGGAGGAGCACAAGCCAGUAUAGCCAUCAAAAAUGCCAUCAUCGAGAAGAACAAGCCAGCUUUGCUGUCUUUGAAAAAGAGCCUCUCGCUCGCCUGCAUCAUGGAAUGCCAAUAUGCCCGUAGAGCAGAGGGCUUCAUGGCUGCAAGAGAUGUCUUUGGUCGAUCGCGUAAGUCGCCACAUCUGAUCUGGCAAACCGUAGAGCAUUCCGCGCUGGCCGAGUAUCAUUGGAAUAAAGAAGCGCAGAUCGCCACGAAUAUCUUCGAAUUCGGUGUCAAGCGCUUCGGCGACGACGUUGAGUACGUCAACCGCUACUUCGAUUUCCUCAAAGCCCGCAACGAUGAUCAAAACCUUCGCGCAUUAUUCGAACGCUCAAUCAGCAAGAUUGCGGCAGAACAAGUUCGACCGCUUUGGGAUCGUAUGAUGCGCUACGAGAGUCUGUAUGGCGAUCUUGCUGCGGUGCAGAAGCUCGAAGUGCGCUUUGCGGAAGCGUAUCCGGACGAAGAUGCUGUGACUCGAUUUGCCGAUCGGCUGAGUUUCGGCGGUCUGGACGAGAUUAAGACUCGCGAUCUAGGCAAGCACCUCUUGGUCGAUGAGAUCCGACCGCUCUCACCCGAAUCUGGCGAAUAUGAUACCACAACGAAGCGAGCAAGAUCAGAGGAGAAAGCGAAAGCAGCAAACGGACUGCUCAAGCGUGCCCGUCUGGACGAUCCCGCUCGGGGACCAUCGCCCUCCCCGCUCGGUACGACACAGCGUCGUCAGCCUGUUGUGCCUAGCAGAGCAGACACGCCGACGCAGAACGGCCUUGCGCGGGGCUUGCCAGAAGGUGUCGCAUUCCUUCUUGGUAUCCUACCAUUUGCACAUCAGUUCAAUGGACCUGUGCUCGAUCAUCGCCCCCUUUUGGACGUACUGGCGACACUCAAUCUACCCAUGCGUUUUGGAGGCGGUCCCGCGCGACCCCGCUCGAAUAGUCCAGCUCAACGGGUAGCCGGACGACGAGGCGAACCAGACUAUCGACUCGGAGGCUCAUGA